GAGCCUGCCACCCGGGGCAGCCUCCCCAGCAGCUUCCGAAAGAUCUCCAAGCCGCUGAUGGAGAAGAAGCGCCGGGCACGCAUCAACGUGUCGCUGGAGCAGCUCAAGUCGCUGCUGGAGAAACACUACUCACACCAGAUCCAGAAGCGCAAGUUGGAGAAGGCCGACAUCCUGGAGUUGAGCGUGAAGUACAUGAAAAGUCUUCAGAAUUCCUUGCAAGGGCUCUGGCCGGUGCCCAGCGGAGCCGAGCACCCGUCGGGCUUCCGCAGCUGCCUGCCCGGCGUGAGCCAGUUCCUUCGGCGCGGAGAUGAGGGCGGCGGCGGCCUGCACUGCCCCCUGGUGUCCGAGCGCGCCAUCGGCAGCACCAUGGACAGCGCCGGGCCGGGCAGGGAGGCGCCUGGGCUGUGCGGCCCCUGCACCUCCGCGGUCUGGGCUCCUGCUCCGGCCGCCAGCGGCCCGCGGUCCCCACCACCCCCUCUCCUCCCCCCCGGAAGUCUCCCCGGCUCCUCCUCCAGCGUCCCCCUGCCGCAGCCAGCGUCCAGUCGCUGCGCCGAGAGCCCCGGGCUGGGCCUGCGCGUGUGGCGGCCCUGGUGAAGCCCCAGGAUGGCGGGGACUGAAGGCGCUCCCUAUCUGGUCUGGGGACACAGGGACUAUUUUGAACACGCCCACAGUGACUGCCGGGAGCCCC